CUCAUGCCAAGCAAGUGGUUACUCAAUUAAGCGAGGAGGCCAAUGCCUCUGUUACUGCAUGUUCCUGGCCAUAAACUCACAGGACAAGUCUUCUCAAAGCUAGCUGUGACUUCAAGGCCUCACCCAAGAAAGGUGUAAGAUGCAAUCAAAUGGCUGCUUGCUCUGCAAGAUCACAGUUUUUCUUGUGUCCUCUACCUUGACACAUCCUGCUUUGUCAGAAUUUUUCAAAUCGCAUGACCCUUCUUCAUGGCCUGAGCCCCCAUGUAAAAUGUAUUACCCAGUGGAUGAUUUAUAUGCAGCAAACUGUCCAAAUAUAGAAGCACAUGUCUGUGGCUCCAAUGGUUUGACUUACAAGAAUGAGUGCUUCUUUUGUCUUGAUCAAUGGGAAUUCGGCUCAUAUGUUCAAUUUGUGAAAUAUGGAAGUUGUAGAUAAUGGGUAACAGAGUACCUUCACUUCUUUUUCUCUUCAAGACUUACUUUUGAAAAAGUUUUCUUUUAUAAUUUAAGGGUACACAUUAAGCAAUCCAUUCCUACAUUGUACCCAAAUUUGGAACCAAAUGGGACACAAAGGAAUCAAGAUAAUAGAGAACCAAAAUUACAUUUGUUAUAAAUAAUCAUAACAACAAGGAGCUGAUAAUUAUUGUAACUGAUUGCUUAACUUCCCUGUGUGUAUGUGUGCUGGGGGUAGAUUUUCUAAGGUCUGUCCAUCAAGUGAGUUUUCUAGUAUUCCUCUAAAUUAAACUUAUUAUAAACUUCCAGCUUAUCUGCAGGGUUAUACCACACCCCACUAGUCUUACUUAAUGACACAAACCUGAAGAGAAAAUAUCCUUCCUGUCAUAGACUCUAGAGGAGGGAGUCAAUGGGUUAUGCAGGAACAGUGCUACAUUUAAACUCCACAAAUAGAUAAAUUAUACCUCCCAUGAUUGGAGAAGUAAAAUGCCAGAAAGAGAUGAAAAGUGUUAUGCUAACGGAUGGUUCCUACUCAAAGAAAGAAAGGACACUAAUAUGGACACUAGUCUACCCUCAGUUUUACCAUUUACUACUUAAUUUGGGGUCAUAUUAUCUUUCUGUGUCCCUGAUCAUAAUGACUACAAAAUUUUCCUGGGUUGGCUUAUUGUAUUAUUUAUGCUGAAGAGCGACUCAUCCAAUUUAACAGAUAUCUGACCUUAAGCAUAAUGAAUGUCCUGAUGGAAGCUAAUGCCGCUCCUCCGUUAGUAAGAUUAAGGUUCUUCAAUCCACUGUGAGUUUAUGCAUGAUAUCAGAAAUAGUUCAUGGAACAACAUGAAGUAUUGUCAGUAGUGGAUAUGGAACCAAGGAUUUAAGGAUCUAAUUGACUGGGCAUCUUUUGCUGCUGUCUAAAAAUCUAGUCAUCUAUAUUCUAGCAACUGAAAUUAAUGUGUGUUAAUCAACAUUUUGUCACUGUGAACAAACUACCCGCCAAUAGCAACUUGAAGGAGGAAAAGUUUAUUUUAGCUCACAGUUUCAGAAAUCUCAGUUCAAAGUUAGCCAAUUCCACUACUCUGGGCCCCUCAGGAGGCAGAAAAUCAUGGAAGAGGAAAGCUGUUCAACUUGUGAAAGCCAGGAAGCAUGGACAGAGAGAGAGAGAGAAAGAGAGAAAAAGAGGUCAAAUUAUAAACCCCAAAGGCAUACCCUCAGUGUGCCUCAGGACCUAAUUCCUCCAGUCACAUCCUACCUGCCCUGAGUAACCACCCAGUACCGUCAUCCUUUCUAAUUAUUAAUCCACCAAAUGGAUUAAUCUGCUGUUUAGGUUAUAGCCCUCAUAAUCUGAUCAUGGGUUUUGGGGGUAUAUCUCCCGUUCAAGACCUAGCAGGUGCGCUAACCACUGCAGCCAGGGGUUUCAUUCCAGUCUGCAAAUGAAGACCCUGGACUCAGGCAUCAAUGCAGGUACCAGCAUUUCACCCAAGUAGAGGCACUAGAGCUCUAGUCUAUUCUCCCGGACUUGCUGAGAUACACUCCUCUUUUCCCUACUCCUCUCUUUUGGAAAUGCACCUGGUAAAUAUUUCCUCAACUCCAUGGACAGUCAUCUUAUGAGAACAAAUGGAAACUGCAUUAGGUGGGAAGUCAAAUGAGAGAAAGCAGAGAAGAGAGAGAAACUGUGUUCUAAUGACAUCCACUUCCCAUCUCCAGGCAAGCUUCAAUUAGAUCUACACUUUGGUCAUUUUUAUUUUUUAUUUUUUUAUUUUGUACAGACUGUAUUUUGAUUCUUCGUACACAAAUGGGGUACAUCAUUUCAUUUCUAUGGUUGUGCAUGAUGUAGAUUCACAACAUUCGUGUAAUCAGACAUGUACAUAGGGUGAUGAUAUCUGUCUCAUUCCAACAUUUUUCAUACCCCCCUCUCAUUUCCCUCUACAUAAUCUAAAAUUCCUUAAUUCUUCUCACACUCCCCACCCCACAUCCCCAUUAUAUAUCAUCAUCCACUUAUCAGGGAAAACAUUCGGCCUUUGGUUUUUGGGAAUUGACUUAUUUCACUUAGCAUGAUAGUCUGCAUUUCCAUUCAUUUAUCUACAAAUGCCAUA